AUGGAUUUGAUUUGAUUUUUUCUGUUUCACAGAAAGUCAGUAAGUUACUUUGUGCUCUGUGUGGCAUGUGGACAUUUGAAUCCUCACUGUAAUCACAUUAAUCAAUAACACAGGCUCCACAGUGCUGUAUCUUACACUGUACAGUACACAAAACAGCUUCUGUGGAUUUUUGCAUGAAACAUACUUUGCACUUAAAUUGUUCAGGAUUUCAUGCAUACUAAGUGAGUCAAAACUGGACAUUACCUGAAGUUACAUCUCAUUCUUAAAUGUUAGACAAGACUUAGAAAAGACUUUAUUGACAAUAUUACCUUACUGCACAACAGUAACGUAAACUGGGGUAAGACACAAGAAGUAUACUUAAAUCAACACAUUUAGUUGUUAAUGAAAUCAUAACAGACCACAACUUAUUGUUAUUAUAAAACUAAAUGUAAACUCUUGUAAAGGGCAUCUUCCCUCAUGACCCUCAUGAGUCAUUUUGAUCCCUGCAAACUUUAUUUUGCCCCUGGAGGGGAAAGCACUCUGGCCAGAAUAAGCACCGUGGGAAUGAGUACACACACAGGAAACCUUACAACCUUGGAACCCAGGAAAGAAUAUCUCCAAAUGAAGAAUCAGGCAUAUAGUCAUGAUUUUCUUAAAGACGAUGAAACUGGGCUGAAAUUAACCAAAGUGGCCACAAGGUGUUCACAUUAUGCGAUCUGCGGGCCCAGGGAGUUACAUUACAAUCCCCAAAAAAGGAGAAAAGCAGAACAUCUGGAUACUCUCAGCAUGACGUCGUCACCCUCUCUUCACUGUACAUAACAUGCAGCCACAUAGUGAUCCGGAGCACACAGCAGCAGUACGAGGCUGCUUACACAUUCAUGAAUCAGUAAUAAUCAUGCAACAAUAUAAUAGCAGCCUGUAACAGCUACAGUGGCUACACUUAACUGAAUUAUGAGCAGUCCUACUUUUACUUUUGAUAGGCUACUUGAAGUGCAACUUAUAAAGUAAUUAUUUGCAAUUGUGCAUCAGAAUUAAACAGAGGCCUAUUUCCUCCUGCGCUGAUCAACACACUCCUCCUUUGGUGCCGCGAUAUCGUCUCCCCUGUGACGUUGUGUUCCUGCUGUCUUCCUCUCCUGGAACUGCUUCUCCUGACAGGCUUCAAAACGUCUGUGGAUCACGGGUUGUGAAUCGUCAGCAGCCAGGUUGUUUCCCACUACACCCGCAGAUUUAGUGAAGAUUUAACGGGGAACUAAACGUUGCCUGUGGAGAGGCACUGCCCUGAAGGCUAAAGUCAGGGAAUAAAAGUCUUCUUCUCGCAGUAAAUGCCACAGAUUACUGUACAUGGGAGACUGACACACGACGGCUUGUAUCUGUGGCUAUUUUUAGUUAGGUACAGUAUAACGGUAAGUCCCCCCUCCGUUUAGAGGGGCAGGGCUUUUACGCACCACCACACCUCUGCUGGCAGUAUUUUAAAAAAAAAGUUCUUUGUCCUUAUUUUGUGUUAUUGUAACUUUAACUGCUUGGUAAGAACGCUUAAAUCUAAAUUUCUUUCUUGUGCCAAACUCCAAAGGGAAUUUGUACAAAUUUAGACCAGACCACAGUUUCCACAGUCCCUCAGAGAUUUGUUCAAACUUCUCUGAAGAGACGCUUUUCAAACUCUUCAAACACUCCAGAAAGAUAAAAUUUCAAAACUUAUUAUGAAAGGAUAAACUCUGUUGACGAUAAUCUUCAUGCGCGAUCACCUCACUGAGUCGACAGCGUCGAGCCAGCAGAGCCUGUUUGGAGCGGUUUAGAGGAACCCUUUCGCCACUCCUGCUGGUACUGUGUGUGGACUUGUUUAAAUGACACAAUCAAGAGGCUUUACUCACUUUUUCCUCGACGUUUUCCUCUGCUGAGGCCUGAACCUCACUGACUCACAUAUUUUCAUUCUUUUUAAAUAAUAAUAAUAAUAAUAAUAAUAAUAAUAAUAAUAAUAAUGUUGCACUUCAAGACGAUAAAAUCCGUUAUUUAAUUGUCGAGUUUCCGUUUGAGUGUGACAGUUUUUUGGAACUCUCUCUUUUCCCGCAGUGUGUUCAGAUGACUCAAGCCACGGGGUUUUCAUUCAUUCUCUUAAAUCAGCUGCAGGUCCGCUAUUAAGGACUUCUGCUCAGGGAUGUCUGUCAUUUGCGCACAGCUCCCCUCCUUCAUCCGCGCUCUUUAUUUACUUUUCCAGCAUGCUACAUGUAAUAGAGACAUUUGAUCAACAACAAUAUUUUUUCUUAAUUGUUAUAUCAUUUAUCAGUGCAGGCCGAGGCUUCCCUGAGCUCCUCCCUCCUUUCCGGGUUUUUUUUCCCUUCUCCACCACAUCAAGAAACUCAGACACAACAGAGGACGUUUAAAGCGUGUUGGAGCCUUCUUCUUGACCUCCUUACGCUCUGGACUAACAUGCUGACACUUGGCAAAUGAAAUCAAGAACGAGGUUGAAGCGAUGGUGUUUUAAGUGACGAUAGAUGUCGCAGCAGCCGUGCGUAAAAGUGGAAUGGCACGGAGGAAAAAUAUCUACAGUUAUAGUUUCUUCUGUUAUCGAGUGCGACUUGAUGAAACAGCUUACUAAGCGUUUGGCAGACCGGCAACUGCGUAUGGACCCAGAAUGAAUACAAGAUGUUUAUUUGGGAGACUAAGGGGAAGGAAUUUCAAAACUUCACUCCUGACAGUGCUGGUUUUAUGUCUCGUGCUGUUGGGCUGUAUCAAGUACAACGACGUUACUGAGUCAUUAACUACUAUAGCAGUUUUAGAUGACAUUCAGACAUUUCACAAGUACAACAUUAACUGCCCAGCUAUAUAUGACAUGGACCCGGUGGAGGUGGGUAAAUCUCUGAUCAUCCGAAGGAAACAAGUUGUGGAGGAUAAAGAUGAAAGCCUUAUUAAUCUCACCUCAAACUGCCCAUUAUUCAUCAAAUCCAGAGGUUAUGAUGACGUGUGUGUCUCGGAGGAGGAGAGAGACUUCCCUCUUGCUUAUUCUCUGGUUGUGCAUAAAUCUGCAUGGAUGGUAGAGAGACUUGUCAGAGCACUGUACUCACCAAGCAACAUCUACUGCAUUCACUAUGACCAGAAGUCUUCAGCUCAGUUCAUUUUAGCCAUUGAGGGUUUGGCCCGCUGUUUGCCCAACGUCUUCAUCGCCUCCAAGCGAGAGUCUGUCUAUUAUGCGAGCAUCAGUCGAUUAAAAGCUGAUCUCAACUGUCUGUCUAACCUUUUGGAGUCGGAAGUCAGGUGGAGGUAUGUCAUCAAUCUCUGUGGUCAAGACUUUCCGCUCAAGUCCAAUAUCGAGCUGGUGUCAGAAGUGAAGAAGUUAAAAGGUGCUAAUAUGCUGGAGACAAGCCGACCCAGUGACCACAAGAAGCAGAGGUACGCCUUUCACCAUGAGCUGAGAGAUGCCAACUUUGAAUAUCAAAAGCUGCCGGUAAAAACACAGCAGGCAAAGACCCCACCACCUCAUAAUAUUGAGAUGUUCUCUGGCAAUGCCUAUUUUGUCUUGUCACGGGACUUUGUUGUGCACUUGAACUCCUCAGUAGUGGUGAAAGAUUUUCUAGCCUGGUCAGAGGAUACCUAUUCCCCAGAUGAGCACUUCUGGGCAACACUUGUGAGACUGCCAGGUGUACCUGGGGAGGUUCCCAGGUCUCAGCCUGAUAUCACUGACCUGAUGAGUAAGACCAGGCUGGUGAAGUGGCAAUACCUGGAGGAGAACCUUUACCCACCCUGCUCAGGACAACACGUUCGCAGCGUUUGUAUUUUCGGUGCAGCAGAACUGCGUUGGUUACUCAACUAUGGUCACUGGUUCGCCAAUAAGUUCGACCCCAAAGUGGACCCCAUUCUCAUUCAGUGCCUUGAGGAGAAGCUGGCAGAAAAACAGAAGUUAUUCCAAUUAGUGGCAUCCCCAACAUGUCACAAGGGUUGACCACAGUCACAGUACAGGCUGCUAAAGAACUGAUACCAUUAGUUGAUUAAAAUUACUAUGCAACAGUUUUAUUAGUUGGUUGAUCAAUUAAGUUAUUUUUCAGGCAGAUGAUCUUUAAUGUGAAAAUGUGCUUAAUGUGCUUAAUAGAACUGGAUUCUUUCUCAUUGACUUUCAGUUUCACUUCAACCAGUUUCAAAGGCUUUGAUCAUUUUGGGGCUUUUUCUACCAUAAACAUGUGACCUUAAACGACCCCUUUACCCAAAAUACUAAAAGAUUGCCUUUCCAGAAAUAAUGUCCCUCACUAUACUCAUGAUAAUCCAGACACUUUCACUGUGAGCAGUUUUUGUUGGAAUUAGUUUUAAAAGGAGAAACAGGCUCUAACGCUGAGUAAAAUUUAUUUUCUAAUUUACAGGUGUUAAGAAAAUAUGUGUGUAUUGGUAAUUUCGGUGAAUGACUUUAAAUGACGGGUAACCAGAAUGUAAUGAGUGGUUACAUUUAACACUGAACAUGCCCCAAUCUGACAAUCCAUUUCCAAUUCUACUGAUGUGUAUGGAAAGAUUUUAAAGAGAGCUUACAACAUAUCCAUCUCCUUUGAACAAUUCAGUAAAUAUGAUCAUAUAAAAUUAUGAUGGCCUAUGGUAUAUUUGUGUCAAACUCAGUGCAGACAGAAAAUUGUACUCUUUCCUUUGUUGUGUUUUUGUACUUCUCAGAGCUGGCUGCUUGACUCGGCUGUGAAUGACUUGGUUGCAGGAAAUGGGCGUGGGCACAACUGUAGCUGUUGCCACGACAAUGCAGAUAACCAAGUCACAUAUCUGUAUUCACAUGUCAUCUAUACAUACUCUUUUUUCCUAAGACCCCAUACUGUGUCACCUCUAGGUUUUCAUACUUAUAAAAGACCCAGUUAAAAAUUAUUGAAUGAAACCUAGAGUACUUCUUCAUCCAAAAUGCAAUUGUGUUUCAAAAGUCUUUUCUUAUCGUAUACGGCUGGGGGUUGCAGGUUUCCAUGUCACACUUUUUUCAUAUCUGAUCAUGAUUGGUUUCUAUAAUUGUGCUGGUGCGAAUAUAAAUUCUGAUUUACGAUGAGCACAGAGAAACCUUCCCCCUUCAGCAGGAGCAUGAGAAAAUAAACUCUCUACGAACAUCCUGCAAAGUCAAGCUCAAACAUCAAAGUUAAAUAAUAAGUAAACAGUGACUUCAGUUUUCAUUACAUCACACAUGAGAUGACAUAAGUGGCUGUGUGCAGUUAACGGCCUCAUUCUGUUAAUAGACAAGAAAAUUAUUGCACAACAUGCAAAUUUAUUUUAAUAGCUUAUGUCACAAUUUGCUUGCAUUGCACAGAUGCACAGCUGAUAAAUACAGGUGACACAUCCACUAGUUUGUGUAUUCAUGAGAGUGGGAAUGAGGAAUAUGCCAGAAAAGCUACAGUCGCAGUUUGUGCUGUAUACUUCCUCAUUUUCACUUAUUUGCACUGAUAACAGUUAUAUUUGGAGUUUCGAGUGUGAUUGGUGCAUGUGAUGCACGUGCAGGAGGAAAUGGAAGGACUCAGAGAUAAUAUUGAUAUUCUAACCGCUUCCCUUCACUAAUAACAUUGUUAACAUAAAUAAAAUGUGAGCUUAUUUUCUGAGUUUUCACUUUAGCAUUACAUAUUAGCAAGCAAACAGGAAGUCAGGAAGGAAGAAAAUGUUCAACAAUGGGAGAGUGCGUCAAUCUCAGCGUGGCAUUGAGUGUUUCGACCCAAUCAGCUGUGAAUUACAGUUUAUCUUCCCUCUGUAUGGUGAGGUUGCCAGUGCUGGUAAACGGAAAGAUGAGACUCUUCCUUUUGAAGUCACACUUCAUUAAUUAGCAGCACACAUAGCACAUUGGAAGUCAGGUUACACUCAGUCAGAAUAAUGGCCGAUGGUAAGGGCUGAGCAAUCAUCACUGCACAACAUGGUUCACCAGUUAGUGGUAGUCCACACUGUGGGUUGGAAAAAAAGUCAGUGGUGCACAAAGUAUUUUUAGACGCUGAAAAGCACAACAGGAAAAGAAAACAUGAUUAAUAGGUUGUGAAGCUAAGGACUGAUGGAAUGUCUCCAAUGUGCUGAAGUGCUGAUUGAAGUACACAGCAAAGUACACACAUCAAACGUGUUCAUCAAUGUUCUCCUUGGGAAUGUAUGACAGUCAGUUUGUGUCAUAAUCAUGAAUUAUGAGAAAAUCUAUUCAACUUGCAGCUAUCAGCUUACACACAUGGGGUGUUUGUUAACAACCCUUCCUCUUCCCUGCUACAAGCAGUUUAGUUACAGAAAACAGCGCACCACUCAGAUAGACUCAAGAAGGCUUAUUAAGUUCCUGUAAAUUAUUAACUUUAGGGGACGUUCCGGUCUGUGCAUGUGUGAGCAAACUAGAUGAUCUGGCAUGAGAACGCUACACCUGUGUAAGCACCAGUGGGAGUGUCAGGUGUUUGCGUCUGUCUUCAGGUUUUCUGUCACUGUUUAUCUCUAUAGCUUAGGCGCAGGGAAAAGGUCAGUGAAUGCACAUGAUUCGACAAACCCUCAUAUGCCAUUCAAUUUGAUACUUAAAGCCACCAUGUAUAAAAAUUUAAAUAUGUGAUCGGAUGUGACAUUGAGAAUGAAGAACUGAAACUUGUCUUGUUUUUCCACAAAGACACAUAAAUACAUACAUAGGGGCUUUAAAGGGCAACUCUAUCAGCUUUUUACUGUAAGUAAUGGGAACCUAAAUAAAUACACAAUUUUCCUCCAAUGUAAGAAGAGUUUUGGUUGUUUCAUGUUGUAGAUUUCAGUAUUUCCUUUUCCCUCUGUGCUUUUCUUCUUCUAGUUUGAAGUGGGUGGGGCUCAGUUGGAAAAAAGUGAUGUUUCAUACCUCUGUGAACAAAUCAGUACUUAACAACAUUUGAAUCUGAUCUGAUGACAGGUUGUGGGGCUGUCAAAUCGCACCCACUUUGUCCUGAAGAAGCAGAAUAAUUUAGGUUUUGUUAAUGUCUGGUCACACCAGCAUUUAAAAUGGCAAAAAUAUCACAUCAGUUCAAUUAAUUUCAGUGGAAUUGCUGCAAUCAUCUUUGGUGAACUUGCCUGUACAUUUGCUUUGUUGAUCAAUAAUAUGCUAUCAUGACUACUGACCUUUGAGGAAACACACAGAUGCUGUAUUUAUUUAUGCACUGUCAUGGGAACUACAGAGAAAACUCCCCUUAUUCUGACUUGGGAGUGUUCACACAUCGUUCCAAGUUAGUCAAGCCUAGUACUAGCCAUGUUGCCACUUCAAAUAAACAGCAGUCUGUUACAAAAAACAGUGUACAGCUCCCAUAGAACGAGUUAAAUGGAUUUCAUUAGUAUUAAUUUUGGAUUUUAUUUUGAUAUUACUACCAGUGAUGGUGCAUUAUGUGGCUUUAUUUGCUGUGUUGUACCAUAUGAGACAGGAGUCAGUGGUGCAAAUAUGUUUAUUGCCCUGACAGUUGCUAACUGUUCAAAAUGUCAGAGAGAGGGGGAUACAGCCAACCACGGAGGAAAUAGAAAGAAGCCUACAGAGCUGUUCUGACUGACUAGCGGUUAGCUCUCCAGCACAAAACUAGAACUGCGAGUAACCUACAUAUUUUGCAAAGACACAAGAACAAAUUCUGCCCUGAUCCUUUGUCAUGUUAUCAGGCAUUAAAACCGUAAUUAAAAAUAAACACCUAAACCAUUAA